UCUGCUGUAUACUCCUUUUACAAGGAGGAUGUCAAGGCGGUGUGUAAGGACGGCCGUCCAUGCCUUGUAUUUUGCUGUGUGAAAUGCCGUCAAGAUCAGAACAGGUUUCUUGACACGGCUGACUCCAGCUCACCCGGGAACCUGUGGAAGCACGUUGAAGCGUGCUUCAAUGCCGAUGUGGUCAAACUCGCCAAGAAGAGCAAAGACCAUGCCGCUCUUCGCGUCGCUGCAAAGGUAUUCGCCACGGACGGCGAUAUUAGUCGCUUUUUGAAGACACCGGACGGCUCGGCACCGAAAAAGACUUCUCUGACUCCAAGCCACAAGCCACUGACAAAGAUGCAGACGAGAGCCGUCACUGCCCAAUGGGUGUGUGAAAACCUUCGCUCAAUCAGCAUUGUUGAAGAUGACGGCUUCAAGACGCUAAUGCUGUCCGGACGUCCUGGAUUCACUAUCCCGUCUCGCAUGACGGUUUCUCGAGAUAUCCAGACACUGUUCAAGCGUACAAGGGAGCGAUGGGCGGAUUUCUUCAAGACGCACCAGGGACGCGUCAGCCUGGCGACAGACUGCUGGACGUCACCCAAUCAC